AUGGACAUCGAGCAGGGUAAAGGCUCUACGCACAAGGAUGACGAGGACACGCAGUCAUCCAAAGUGUCGAUCGGCGUUGGACAGGAGCAGCUGGCUGGUGUUACUCCUCCGCAUGAGUCGUAUGAGGGAUAUCAUCGAUUCGAUCCGACCGCUUCAUGGACGGAAAAGGAGGAGAGAAGCGUGGUUUGGAAGACGGAUUUGAUGCUGUUGACCUGUAUCUGCUUUAUGUUCUUCGGUCUGCAAUUGGAUCGUGGCAAUCUGUCCAAUGCCCUGACGGAUCAUCUCCUGAAAGAUCUCAACAUGACCAGCAACGACUACAACAAUGGAACAACAAUCCAACUCGUCUGCUUCCUCGCAGCGGAAUUCCCCGUCCAACUCCUCAUCAAACGAUACGGUUUCCGCCGCGUCUUGCCCAUCAUGAUGCUGGCCUGGAGUCUGGUCUCCUGGACACAAGCCUGGAUGACAAGCCGGGCUGCAUUCUACAUCACUCGUGCGUUGAUCGGUGUUUUCGAGGGCGGAUUCAUCCCCGGAACGAUUCUAUUCGCGACUUACUUUUACAAAACGCGAGAGCUUUCUGUGAGACUUGCGUUUUUCUGGUCGACGCUUAAUGUUGCUCGUAUCAUCUCGUCACUUCUUGCAGCGGGGAUUCUGCAAAUGCGUGGCGUUGAAGGAAAGACAGGCUGGUUCUGGCUGUUUCUCAUUGAUGGACUGUUGACUUUUGUCAUUGGUCUUUUGAGCUAUUUCUACCUCCCCAGUUCACCCACAAACACCAAAAGCCUCCUCUACCCCCGAUCCUGGUAUACCGAGCGCGAGGAAGUCAUCAUGAUAAACCGCCUCCUCCGCGACGACCCCUCCAAAGGCCUCACGCACAUCAGCGAACACGCCACAAUGCACGACAUCCUCAACGCCUGGAGCGACAAAUCCAUGUGGGGACUCUACCUGAUCGGCCUCAUCGCCUACAUCCCCCAAAGCCCCGUGCAGUCCUACCUCUCACUAACCCUAACCCGACUGGGCUUCUCAACCUUCGACUCGAACAUGCUCUCCAUUCCAUCCGCGGUGCUGCAGAUCAUCGUCAUGCUGAUCCUCUCCAAGAGCAGCGAGUACUUUGGCGAGCGGACGUUUCACUGCUUUCUGGGCGAGUUCUGGUCAAUACCGCUGCUGGCUGCGUUGCUGGGACUGCCGAGUUAUGGGUAUAAUUGGCCGCGGUUUGCGAUUUCGACGCUCAUCUCCGGGUAUCCGUAUUUUCAUCCGAUUGUGUCGGCGUGGAUUUCGGAGAAUACGUUUGAUGUUAAGAAGAGGGCUAUUACGGCUGCGACGUAUAAUGUUGUCGUGCAGGUUGGGUCGGUUAUUUCGUCUCAAAUCUAUCGUUCCGAGGAUUCUCCGUACUACUAUACCGGCAAUAAGGUUCUUAUCGCCAUUUGCGCUCUCUCGCUGGUGGUGUUUGUCCUUCAGCGCCAGUUUCUUGUUCAUCUCAACAACCAGAAAGAGAAGAAAUGGAGUGCCAUGAGCUCUGAGGAGAGAGUGAUCUAUCAAUCUGACCGCGAGGCUCGUGAAAUGGAUGGUAAUAAGCGGCUGGAUUUCCGUUUCAAGUACUAA